AUGGACCAUUUGCACCUCCCACCUUCUUCACCUUUCACAUCCAAUGUCCCUGUCGCGAUCACCCUCUCCCCAUCCGGGCGGGGGUGGUCCAGCCCGGGACUCACGCCGGGCAGCGGCACCACACCGCGCGGAUAUUCACCUUCAAGUCUAUCACCUGGCACUGGCAUUUCAUGGGCGACUGCCAAAGCAAAGAGCGACGAGGUCCGUGGGUACCCCUCAUUCUCGACCCGGAACAGCGGCUUCUUCUCUCGACAGAAACACAAGAUCUCCUCGCGAUUGCCUGGCUUUCGUGGAAGCCCCUCACCGAGAGGAUAUGAUGACAAAGAUGCGUACAAACGUGCACAGUGGAAUGGUGGUGCUGGCGUGCGCAGUCCGCUGGCUUUUGUUGGAAGGAUCUUUCAGCGGGGUCGUCUUGUUACAUGUGCAAAUCAACUGACCUUGACAGCAAUCGUUCAUGCUUAUCGACGAUCAUCUCUAGGAGGAGGCAAAAAGUUCGUCAUUAUACUCGGGUCCAAUGUGGAGGGCGGCGUGAUGGAGUGGAAGGGGGCGCGUGAGUGGGCCAUUGAACGCAACAGCAUCUGGAAUAAGGAACGCUACGCAAAUGAAUGGGGAUAUGAGGUCGAAAUCGCCAACAUGCUCGCCCAGAAAAGAUAUUCGCAUGAAUGGCGCGAGAGUUGGGAGAAGAGCGACGUGAUUCGCGAGGCCAUGCGAAAACACCCGCAAGCGGAAUGGUUCUGGUGGCUAGACUUGAACACCUGGGUCAUGCAGUAUCAAACCUCAUUGCAAGAUCACAUCUUCAAUGAUCUCGAGUCGCACGUCUACCGCAAUAUCAACGAAUACAACCCGCUAAACAUCAUACAUCCCCUGCCGGAGUUUUAUCUCGAUGAGAUCGAUCGAUCCCUAGAGGGCGACGGCGACGUUAACUCGCUCAACAUGUUGCUGACGCAGGACUGCUCCGGAUUCAAUCUCGGUUCUUUCUUCCUGCGACGAUCUCUCUGGACUGACCGACUACUGGAUGCCUGGUGGGAUCCAGUCAUGUAUGAGCAGAUGCACAUGCAAUGGGAGCACAAGGAGCAAGAUGCCUUUGAGUACAUCUACCAAAGCCAGCCGUGGGUUCGCAGCAGUGUAGGCUUCUUGCCACAGCGCAAAAUCAACUCUUUCCCUCCGGGUGCCUGCGGUGAUGUCUUCAACCCAGACGUGCACUACAAGGAAAAGGACCAUGAUCUCCUCGUCAACAUGGCUGGCUGCAUGUUUGGUCGUGACUGUUGGGCCGAAAUCCACGAUUAUCGCGAACUGAGCAACCGGAUCAACCGAUCUCGGUGGGACCGGUUAAAAGACGCCUGGAAUGGCGCAUACGCGGCCUUCCAUAAAGAUGAAUAA